AACUCGCCUUUUUUACUCGAGUAGAGUAGCGACAGCUCGCGAGGCAGAGACAGGAUAGGAUUAUCUCUCCCACACUCGCUCCCCCCAGCCAUGGCCAUGGCCGCGGCCGCCUCCCUCCUGCCGGCGAGCGCCGCCCCAACCCUCCCCGGACGCGCCUUCCGCCCGCCCCGCAACUCCACCCCGACGGCCUCCCUCUCCUGCGAUGGCGGCUCCCGCUGCCGCGGCGUCGGCCUCGGCGUCAUCCUCGGUGGGUGUCGCGCGCAAGGCGUUCGACGGAAUGCCGCAGCCGAGACCUACGUCCCAGGCUCCGGCAAGUACAUCGCCCCGGACUACCUCGUGAAGAAGGUGACGGCCAAGGAACUGGAGGAGCUGGUGAGGGGGGAGAGGAAGGUGCCCCUCAUCGUGGAUUUCUACGCGACGUGGUGCGGACCCUGCGUCCUCAUGGCCCAGGACAUCGAGAUGCUUGCAGUUGAAUAUGAAAACAAUGCCCUGUUUGUGAAGGUGGAUACUGAUGAUGAAUAUGAACUUGCAAGAGAUAUGCAGGUAAGAGGACUUCCAACACUGUAUUUCUUCAGUCCAGAUCAAAGCAAAGACGCCCUAAGGACUGAGGGACUGAUUCCUAUUGAUAUGAUCAGAAAUAUCAUUGAUAAUGAAUUGUGAUCGCUAGGAUAUAGGGACAUAGUUGAGAUUUUGAUGUUUGAAGUAUUUUAGCCACUAGUAGAUGUGAUAGAUUUGAGCUUUCUGAUCUUUAGUGGGAAGGUUCUGAAUCUUCUGGUACGCAGAGUCUGCGUGUGGAAUGUAGUAUGUUAUAUGUGGGGUUCGUGCUUCAGACUAACAAGCUACUCUAUAAUUCAGUUAUUCUUCCUAGUUCAAGAUAAAACGGUUUUUGCA